UUCUGUGGAUACACGUUCCUAAGCAAUUGUAUCCAAGGGCAACCAAACAGUGGCCGUGUGGCUGCUUAUUGUAAGCAGCAGCCUCCGUUCGAAUGAGAGCAGAGGAGGGCAAAGAGGACGAGGCGAGGAAAGGCGAAGCGAGGAAGAGGUGAAGGGAAGGCGUUGCUAGGGGAAGAGAGGAGGAGAAAAGAGUUUAUCAGCACAAAGAUGGCGACACUGUGCAUGGAGGAAAGCAUUUACAAUCUUCUGCCUAAGAUUGUGGAUAAGCCUUUGAAGGCACCUAGAUAUAUAUCAACAUUUAAACCACAUGUGAAACGUACAAUAGAACAAAGUAAAGCACCAUGGAAAACAAUUGGACCAGCAAGAGUUCAGGUGCCCUCUCCAAAAGACUUCCUUAAGAAACAUUCAAAGGAACCAAAGUUACCAAAAAGAAAAAAAGAUAAAGAUAGUCUCAAAACUAUUGAAGCAUCUGUACCCAAAAUAACAGACCAUCCAAUUAUGGGAGUUCAGUGUACCAAGAACUUUAUAAGUAGCAAUGCAGCUAAUGUGAUCAUGGGAGUGGCUAAGAAACCUCAACAAAUCUGUGUGGACAGGCGGCAAGGAGACAAAUUUGUUCUCGAAACCUCAGGACUUCUUCCAAAAUAUCUCAAGAAAAAGGAUUAUGGUGUUACUCCAAAAUAUGUAACUAAGCGAACUGAAGAAGCAAGAAGAGCUCAAGAAGAGUACGAUGCCUAUGUCAAGGAGUCCCUCAGGCAAAGAGCCAUGAAAAGGCUCUCUGAUGAGGAGAGAGAAAGCCUUCUGCGGGGUCUCAAAAAGAAUUGGGAAGAAGUGCAUCAAGCGUUCCAAAGCCUUUCAGUGGAGAUCGACACAUUACCAAAGAAACUCCACAAAGAGCGAUUGGAGACAGAAAUGAAACAGUUAGAACAUGAUAUUCAGACAAUUGAAAAACACAAAGUAAUUUAUAUUGCAAACAAAUGAGGACAUCAUUAGAAAAAAAGAGUGAGAUGUGGACGCUUACUUUCAGUAUGGAAACGGAAGACACAUAUAUUCAAAUGUAGAAAAUAUUUUAAAUUUUAGCAAAUCUCUUAGAGUACUAUCAAAUUUUACACUGCAGUUGUUUUAAAAUAUUUAUUUUUUCAAAUAAAUAGUUUAUUUUUCCCAGAUUGUUCUAAUUGCUAUAUAUUAUGUAGCAGUCUAAAGUUUCUGUUACUUUUUGAACAUGUGUCAUCAUGAAUAAUCAUCAUUCAAAUAGAUGUGUAAAUUUUAGCAGGGUGGGAAUGACUUGCAAAAUAGUUAAUAAAAUAUGCUGGUAAUUAUUAUUA